CUAUUUUGGGUUUCUGGAUAUCACAGAAACGAAGCCAAAAAUAUCGUUAAACUUUAAUGGAGGAAGAAACAAUGGGAGGACUCUGAAAAUCUCACUGUGCAGACUGAGGGUGACUUAUGGGGACUGUUAGCCAUGGAAACAGCAGACCAACUAAACACAACUCAAGUUGAAGAUUCACAGCUUCAGCUUAAAUCUUCAAACUGCUGCUCAACCACAGACACAAUCAUUGAGGAGAACUUUUUUCAGCUGGAUGACAGCACAAAGCUGGUUGGAGUUCGAGUUGUUCUCAUUCUGGCUUACAGCACCAUCAUCUUAUUUGGAGUAAUCGGAAACUCUUUGGUCAUUUAUGUCGUCUUCAAGUUUAAAAAUCUACGGACUGUCACCAAUUUUUUCAUCGUGAAUCUGGCUGUAGCAGACCUGCUGGUGAACACGUUAUGUUUACCUUUCACCCUCGUCUACACGCUGUACGGUGAGUGGAAGUUCGGUCAGGUGUUGUGCUUCAUGCUGCCCUGUGCUCAAGGCAUCGCUGUCCACGUUUCCAUCAUCACUCUAAACGUCAUUGCCCUGGACCGCCACCGGAGCAUCGUCUACCACAUGGAGACCAAGAUGUCCAAAGACAUGUGCGCCCUGGUCAUCGCCAUCACGUGGGCCGUUAGCGCGCUGUUAGCCAGCCCUCUCGCCAUCUUCAGGGAGUACGGGACGCUAGAUCUCUCGCCGGACGAGUCAAUUCAGGUGUGCACAGAGAAGUGGCCAGGAAGCAGCAUGAACGGAACUAUCUACAGCAUAUCAGCACUUCUGAUUCAGUAUGGGUUACCUCUGGUUGUGACCUCCGUCGCCUACAUCCGCAUCUGGAAUAAACUGAAGAAUCACAUGACCUGUGGAGGACGAAACGACAGGAAUCAGCGCAGGAAGAAGACCACGAAGAUGCUGCUGACGAUGGUGGUGGUGUUCGCCGUCAGCUGGUUGCCGUUUCAUGCAUUCCAGUUGGCGGUUGACAUUGACAGCACAGUGUCGUACAUGAAGGAUUUUAAGCUGCUCUUUACUGUGUUCCACAUCAUGGCUAUGUGCUCUACGUUUGUCAACCCCAUCCUGUAUGGGUGGAUGAACAACAACUACAGGACGGCCUUUCUGUCCGUGUUUACCUGCUACCGACCCUUCAGUUUGAGGCAAGGACGAUCCAGUGGCAGAGAGAAACAAAAGGAUGAAGACAAGGUUUACACAGACUGCAAAUCAACGAAUGUUUAAAACGAAGAAGUCUAAGAAAGUUCACUGAUUAUUAUUUGUGGUCAUGUUUGUAUUUGGUCUUGUGUUGGCAUUAUGACCUCUGAAAAAUGAGGAACCACUCCUAUUCCAAAAA